AUGGAAGGACUACUAAUUAUACUCUCAUCCUUUCUAUUCGGAAUAUUUUUUGGUUAUUUAUGAUUUAAUAAAAGCCAGCCUAAACCUCCACAAAUAAUCCAAACUCAACCUCCAAAAAGGCAUGGAAAAAGAAAAAGAAGCAAAAAAGUUCUUCAAAAAUUGCCUGAAAAAUUAAAACCAAUUGAGGAAGUGCACCCAAUACAUGAAGAAGAAAUUCACUCUCCUGUUUUAAUUGAAACAAAAGAACCCAAAGAUAUUCAGCAAAUAAUAAAUGAAGAAGCUAAGCUUCCAAGUUUGAUUGAAGAAAAUAAAUCUUCAGAAAAUAAUAAAGAAAAUCAAUUCGGAAACACAAUUAAUUGUGAAAUAUCGCCUACUGAAGAUGCAGUUGAAGCCUUUAACACUUACAACGAUCAAAAAGAAGAACUAGACGCUUUAUUGGCUAUUUUUUCUGAUGAUGUUACUAUUUUAAACCCUCUGACUGAAUUAUGUAGUGCUUCUUUUAAAAUAUUUAUACGUUCUAAUCCUUCAGAUUCUGCCUUGAAUUUUAGCAGCAUUUACCUUUCAAUUACUUAUGUUCCUGGCUAUCCUCAUGUACCUCCAAUAUUCUCCUUAAUAAACGCAGUAAAUAUUCAUAAAGACGUGAUUCAUGAUAUUAAAUUAAAAGUCCAAGCUUUAAUUGAAGAAAAAUCCAAGGUUUCGCAAACCAUGGUCUACGAUAUGUGUGAUCUCAUACAACGAGAAUUGAUGAAAUACAAUAUUGAGCCAGAAGAAUCAAUUCCUGAGCCAGUUGAACAAGAAUUGAAACGUGACAAUUCUGGUUUGCUGAUGGAAGAAAUAUAUGGAGAACUUCAAAAAAGAAAGAAAAAAGAGCCUUCAAUGCAGCUUGAAAUCAAUGAGAAAAAGAAAGAAGAAGAAAUAAAUUUGCCUGAACCAACUUUGUCUUGUACUAUAAGUGGGUUUGAGUAUAGAAGAUAUUUUGAAGAAGAAAUAAGAAUUGGCAAAGGUGGAGGAGGGAGUGUUUAUAAAGCAAAAAAUAAAAUUGAUGGGAGUAUUUAUGCGAUUAAAAAGAUAUCCUAAAUUAGAAGAGCAGUCAAAUUUGGGCUUUUCAUUAAUCUUUUUUUUCAUAGAAAAGAUAUAUAUAAUGAACUUCAUGAUGUGUUUAUAAUCUUUGUCUGUAUAAAAUUAAAAGGAAAAAAGGAGAACCAUAUUAGAUAUAUAUUGAAAGAAGUUGUUCUGUUGUCUAAAUUGCAACACCAAAAUAUUGUGAGAUAUCAUAAUGCUUGGUUUGAAGAGGAUGAAAGCAGCGGAUCUGACUCUGAUGAACAAGAUAGCUAUGAUAGCGAAGAAGAAAGUAGCAGCGAAGAAGAAAGCAGCAGUGAAGAUGAUCUAAGCGAAGAUUUAGAAAUUGCCUCAGAUAAGACUGGAUCAGUGCUACAUGAAUUUGAUCCCGAAGUUAGCAAACUUUACAUAAAGGUGGACCUUAAGAAAUGGCCUUGAUUUCAAUAUUUAAAAUGUUUGGAAAGAUCCUAUUACUAUUUAUAAUUUAUAAAAUUAAAUAAAAUCUAAUAUUAAUUUUAAAAAAUAAAAAUGUUGAUGGGUGCUUUACAAAUGGAAUAUUGCGCAGGAGAUACUCUUCGCACCCUCCUGGAUCAAAAAAUUCCAUCUCCAAUAGAAAUCUGGAAAAUGCUGACUCCCCCCCCUUUAAAUUGGAACUAAAAAUUUUGUUCCAAUUUAAAGGGGGGUUUUAAAAAAAAAACAUUAUAAAUUUUUUUAUAAAAUUUCAAAAAUUUAUCGAAUAGAUUAAUAAAUUUGUUUUAAUGAAAUGCUAUUUACUCUUUAUCCUUUAAAACAAAGCAAGAUAUAACUAAAAUUUUAUUAUUAAUUAAUACGCCACUAUUAAUUGGUAUCAAAACUAUUUACACAAAAAUUAUUAUUUUUAUUGAUAAAAAAAAUUUUAAAAACAAUAUUUUAGAAAAUUUAUUAAUCAAAGUGCUAAUUUUGUUUAAAUAAGAUGUUAUUUAUACUCUCUUCUUUAAAAUAAAGCAAGAAAUAAGUAAAUUUUGAAUUUUUGUAAAGAAUUCGUAUUGAAUUUAUAUCAAAGCUAUUUAAAUAAAAAAUAUCAUUUUUAUCAAAAAAAAAUAAAAUUGUUUUUGAAAAUUUUUUAAAAACAAAACAAAUUAAAUUUUUUUAAAAAAUUUAAAUUAAAGGAUAAUAAAUUUAUUUAAAUAAGAUGCUCUUUAUACUCUAUUCUUUAAACAAGAGCAGGAUACAACUAAAUUUUUAAUUUUAGUUAAGAAGAAACAUUUAAAUUAUAUCAAAACUUUUUACAUAAAAAUUAUGAUUUAUAUAUAUAAAAUUUUUUAUUAUAAAAUUAAAUUUUGUUCCGAUUUAAAGGGGGGCUAAUUUACCAAAAAAGUGGAAAUUUUUUACUAUAUUUUGUUCCAAUUUAAAGGGGGGGGGAGUGAGAGAAAUAUUGCAAGGUUUAGUAUAUAUUCACUCUAAGGGAACUAUACACAGAGACUUAAAGCCAUCAAAUAUAUUUUUAAAUGAGUUUGGAGAAGUGAAGCUGGGAGACUUUGGACUAGCCACAACGACAAAUUUAAAACCUGAAAAAGCCUCUUUAAAAAGACAGAUAAGCGAAAGCUUAAGCACAGGAAUUGGCACCCCAAUUUAUUGUUCCCCUGAGCAAAAAGUCUCCGGAAAAUACAAUUUAAAAACUGACAUGUAUUCUCUUGGAAUUAUUUUCUUUGAAAUGUGAAGGCCCUUCGGAUCAAUGAUGCAAAGAGUAGAAGAAAUCAUGAAAUUAAGAGAUAAUAGAAUUUUGCCUGGAGACUUUUUAGAAACUGUCCCCAAAGAGGUUCCCAAAAUAAUUUUAUGACUCACUGAGCUUAUUCCCGACAACAGACCAUCUGCACAGGAACUUCUCCAAAGUGGCUUGCUAUACCAUAAGAUUGACCCAAAAGCUUUCAGUGAGUUUAUGAAUAUAAGCUUGAAUCCUAAAAACUCAGAAAAUAAUAUGCUGCUUCAUGCUUUAUUCGAGAGGUCAAAUCUUAAGCAUCAAAAUUUUACAUACAAUAUAUCUGAAGGAAUAUCAGAACUAUCAGGUGGAAAAAAAUUCAAUAAGAAAAUCGAAGCGAUGAUUAAAAGCAAUGUCAUAAAUAAACUGCAAGCAGUGCUAAAUAAAUCUGGGGCUUUAGAAAUAAAUACUCCAUUGCUCAUGCCAUACUCAACAAAUGUUUCAAUAUUUUGGUAUCAAAAAGAUGGGACAAUGAAAAAAACUCCAAUCGAAAGCAAUAAAAAUGCUGUGUUUUUGGAAUCUUCAGGGAUUUUAGUCCAGCUAAAUAGCAAUUUACUUUGCCCAUGGGCAAAAUUUCUACAUACAAUCAGCAUAAAAGGGUGAAGCGAAAAAAAUAUUGAUGCUUUUCCACCUUUUUUUUCUGUUACAAAUGACUGAAAAUUUUAAAAAUUUUUAUUAGUAAGAAAAAUAAUGGUUUAAUAUAAUUUGCUUCUGAAGGUAUAUUUUUUUUUUCUAUGCUGUUUUUCCAUUUUAAACCUUACUUUGCACUUUUUUACUUUUCAACAUUAUACCUUUAAUAAUAAUUUUUUUUUUGCUUUUGAAUCGAUUUAGUUUUUCCACCUCACCCAUAAAAGGAGUUCUUAAGAGAUUUACAAUAUCAAACGUCUACAAACCUCUUGCUGCAGGCGAACAUCCAGAGGAAUCAUUGGAAGCAAGCAUCGAUUUUUGUUACGAUCCUGAACAGCUGAGUUCUUUUAAAUAUUUAUACAAAGCAGAACUUCUCAAAGUCACCCUGUUAGCUUUAGAGCAGUUUGGAAAUAGCUUACCAAUGCUAGAAAUUACAGUAAAUGAUACAAGGCUACUUGACAUUAUUUUGCAUCAUUGCGAAAUAACAGAAAAUAUAAGAAUGAAAGUUUUGUCAUUAUGCCGAGACAUACCAAGAAGAAAAUGGGCAAAAGUUAAAAAAGAUUUAAUUGAUUUAGGAAUUUCUGCAAACUCUGCUGAAAGAUUAGGAUAUUAUUUAAAGCUGAAAGAAAAUUUGCAAUCACUUAUCGAAACAAUAAAAAAAAAUUCUAUUUGAAAGUAUAAUUCAUUUGUAAGGAUUUUAGACAUUGAUUUAAAACACUUGGAAGAAACUUGUAAAGACUACAACGUUAAUUUCUUAGUUGAUCUUGGAUUAAUACACGAUGAAAUCUUAUGUUACUCUGGAUUUAUAUUUAAAGUAACCACAUCUCAAUCAGUUGCUAAAGGAAAAAUGAUAAGCAAAGAAAGAAUUUCUAUUGCUUCAGGUGGAAGAUAUGAUAAUUUAAUUGAUUCAUUUUCGCUUAAUUCAAAAGCCAGUCAAAAUAAGAUUUCAGGCAUCGGGUCUCGUAUUUUUGUCGAAAAAAUAAUCAAGAUAAUUAUUCAAGGAAACACUGAUCCUUGAAUAAAAGGCCCACUUGUUAUAGUCAUAUGCAAAACUCAUGGACAGAAAAUAGAUUUUAAGACUUUGCAUCAUGAAAAGGUUAAUUUGGUGCUAAAACUCUGAAAAUUAGACAUUUCAGCUGUUUAUGACUAUGGGAAUUUAAAUAGUGACGAUAUAUUGCAAACAUGCAAGAAAUAUCGAAUCAGAUUUUUAGUGACUUUAAAAUGUGAAGGUGAAGAGGGAAUCAUAAUGGCAUCAAUUAAAGAUUUUGCGAAGGAUUCAGUCAAAACUAUGGAAAAAGAACUAGUUGGAAAAUAUCUCCAAAAGAAGAUGAAAAAUUAUUUUGUUGAUGAGCAGUUAGUUUAUCCUAACUCCCCCCCCCCCCUCCGUGAGCGAACAAAAAAAUUUUGUUCACUCACGGAGGGGGGGGUUAAUUUUUUUUUUUUAAAUAAAAUUUUAUAUAUAAAUUUUAUAAAAAAUUGUUUUUUUCGAAAUUUAAAAAAAAUCCUAAUUUGCAAAAAUUGGGAAGCAAAUAUUAAUUUAAUUUGCAAAAUUUAUGUUUUAAAACGCAAUUUGUUUAAAAUUAAACAGAAUUAGCUCUAGAUUUCAUUAUACUAAUUAUCACUUAUAUAUCAAAAUUUUUUUCCAUUAAAAUUUUUUCUAUUAAAAAAAUUUUUGUUCGCUCACGGAGGGUGGGUUUUUGGUCAAAAAAAUGGUGAUUUUUCUAAUGGUUUUGUUCGCUCACGGAGGGGGGGGGGGAGUAAGAGAAGCUAG